CGCUUUGCAGAGUGCACACAGCCUCGCCAAUCCACAAGCAGGAGAAGCUGGUGUUGCUGGAACUUGUUACCUGGCAACUAGAAGAAAUAGUGCGCUUUCGCUGGGUGAUUUCAGGGGGCUCUGAAUAUUCUUCCCCCUAGACAGGAAGGUCAGUCCUUAACAGGGAUAUUUACAGACUGUGAAACAGUAAUGAAGUUAACAAGAAAACAAGUUCUAUCCAGAGCAAAGGCUUCUGAGUUGGACAGUGUGAGGAAACUGAACUGCUGGGGAAGCCGCCUUACAGAUAUUUCAAUAUGUCAUGAGCUUCCAAACAUCGAAGUUAUGACUUUGAGUGUAAAUAGCAUUUCCACCCUUGAACCAGUAAGCCAUUGUCAAAAUCUGACUGAGUUGUAUUUAAGAAAAAAUAAUAUCUCCAACUUGGGCGAACUUUACUACCUUAAGCUGCUACCAAGCCUGAAAAUACUGUGGUUAUCAGAGAACCCAUGCUGUAGCCAAGAUCCUUACAGAUACAGAAUGACAGUACUGAGAAACCUGCCCAACCUUCAAAAGCUUGACAAUCAAGCUGUGACAGUAGAUGAGGUCUCCCAAGCCACUAUGGAAGGUGAAGAGUUUAUAGCUCCUCCAACUGUAAUUUCCAGCACAGAAAAUGGUCACUCGGGACCAACAACAGAACAUAAUGGGGCUGAAGUUACAACAGAAUCUGAAAGUGACUUGCUAAAUUUUAGCAUGGAAGAAACAAAUAAAAUACGUGAACAGCUAGGCAUGAAGCCUUUACCAAGAGACAAAUUUUCUUCCUUUUCUUCCCCAAUGGAAACCGAUUCAGGAAGAAAGAAAAAGAAUAACGUCCUUAAUGCAAUUUUGCUGCUGCUCAAGGACCUGGACACAGAAGAUUUGGAAAUUGUUCAGAGAACCGCAGGGAAUAGGAUUCAUCAGCUACAGAGAAAAGAGCUCCAGCAGGAGAGAUAAAUGUGUCAAGGAGGCAGGUGCAUGUACCGUCUGCAACUUGAGCAUUCCAAUGACAAACUGCAAUCUAGAUCAUAAUCGCACUAUACAUACAUUUUUUUGAUGAAUGCUGGAGUUGAGAGAAACAAAUCUAGCAAAAUUAGCUUGCCAAGGCAUUUUUCUCUGCAAGAUCACAGUUGAAAACUAUUUAUGAUACAGUUUAGAAACAAAUCAUAUUUCUCAUUCUACACCUAAACGUUUUAGAUAGAAUAAAAUGUAUGCGUCAUAUUUGCUAAGGAGCUGACUUUUGUUGAGAAAAUAAAUGUGCAUAAUUUUUCAGUUUGCUAUUUGCUGAAGACGAAUUCAUUAAUGUGCCUAGUAUCUGUAAGGUCCUUUUGCUUAUUCCGAAAUGCUGCCUGAUGUAAAACAAAACAAUUUUCCUAUGCAAUGAAACAUAUUCUUAGUUGUAAUAAUUAAAUAAAGUAGACUAGAUUGGUUAAAAAAGA